GACCCGGCACUGUCCGGGCAUUCCUGUCUGCAUACUUCGCAGUCUGUUGUGCUUUGGUGGCUCAGAAAAGCGAAAGAAUCGAAAUUAAAAAGGCAGCUUUUGAAUAAACAAUACCAUUUUCCGUUAAGUAAUCGUUUUGUAUAAAAGGAAAUAUCGCCUACUCAGUUUCAUUCAGCGGUGCCAAAAAAUGUUAUAAAUGAGAGACCGCCAACUUUUCUAAGGGGAGAAUAAUGCCAGACUGUGCUUAAUAAACUAGUGCCCUAGAAGUUCAUUAUCGAUGUUGCAAUCUUUUCUGAUUCUGAAAGGAGACCGCCUACGUCGCCCCCAUUCCCGUCUCGUCCUCCCGAGCUCCCAGUGAAAAGGCUGUCACUUGGGCACAGCUCUAGGAUGUUAAAUCAGAGAAUCCACGCGGGCAUGCUCUUACUCCUGAUGUUUCUGUGCCACUUCAUGGAAGAUCACACAGUGCAGGCUGGGAACUGCUGGCUCCGGCAGGCGCGGAACGGCCGCUGCCAGGUCCUGUACAAAACCGACCUCAGCAAGGAGGAGUGCUGCAAGACCGGCCGCCUGACAACUUCGUGGACGGAGGAGGACGUCAACGACAACACGCUUUUUAAGUGGAUGAUUUUUAAUGGGGGAGCCCCAAACUGCAUCCCAUGCAAAGAAACAUGCGAAAACGUGGACUGUGGACCUGGAAAGAAAUGUAAAAUGAACAAGAAGAACAAACCUCGGUGUGUUUGUGCUCCGGAUUGCUCUAAUAUCACUUGGAAAGGUCCCGUGUGUGGCUUAGAUGGGAAAACCUACAGGAACGAGUGUGCCCUUCUCAAAGCCAGAUGUAAAGAACAACCCGAACUUGAAGUCCAGUAUCAGGGCAAAUGCAAAAAGACCUGUAGGGAUGUUUUAUGCCCAGGAAGCUCCACAUGUGUGGUUGACCAAACUAACAAUGCCUACUGCGUGACAUGUAAUCGAAUUUGCCCAGAGCCUACCUCCCCUGAACAGUAUCUCUGUGGGAAUGACGGUAUAACUUACGCCAGUGCCUGCCACCUGAGGAAAGCUACCUGCCUCCUGGGCAGAUCUAUUGGAUUAGCCUACGAAGGAAAAUGCAUCAAAGCCAAAUCCUGUGAAGACAUUCAGUGCAGUGCUGGGAAGAAAUGCUUGUGGGAUUUUAAGGUUGGCAGAGGUCGGUGUGCCCUCUGUGAUGAGGUUUGCCCUGAAAGCAAGUCAGACGAGGCAGUCUGUGCCAGCGAUAACACAACUUACCCAAGCGAGUGUGCCAUGAAAGAGGCAGCCUGCUCCAUGGGUGUGCUGCUAGAAGUAAAGCACUCCGGAUCUUGCAACUGAAUCUGCCAAUAAAACCUGAGCCAUUGAUUCUUCAGAACUUUCUGCAGUUAUGACUUCAUAGAUUAUGUAUAAAACCCCCCUUAUUGUGUAACAGCAGAUGCCAAAGAGCAUCUCACUACAAGUCGCAUAAAAUGCAACGCUGUGUUAUGGCUGUUCAGAGGGCUUUGAAAACGUGCACUAAGCUGCUUCUGCGCUGUUGUUGUCCUUAUUUAAACAACAGCUCCCCUGUAUUCCCCCAUCUAGCCAUUAAUGAAGACCCAGAGGAUGAAGAGGAAGAAGAAGACCAGGACUACAGCUUUCCUAUAUCUUCCAUUCUAGAGUGGUAAAACCUCCAUCACUAUUGGAACAGCCAUUGGGCACGAAAUCAAUGUCCAUACUGUAAAUAAGUGUAUGCUUAUUUAUUUUGGGGAGAAAAAAAGUAUACAUAGAGUUGAGUCUCGUAGACAUUUAUUUAUACUGUGUCAUGUUUUAUAAUUUAUAUAUAAAAUGUCUGGUUGACUGUACACCUUGUUUUUUGAAGAAAUAUAUUCGUUACGGGAAGAGCAGUGUUAUUUAUUGUGAGGUCUCUUGCUUGUAAAGUAAAGUUUUUCUUUUUUCUUGUAAACUAUGAAAGUCCAUUCCUUAGAGCUUACCCACAUGAUCUCACCUCUUUGUUUCAUUGAUGUUAACUCUUUUCUACUUUAACAAACUUGCAUGUUGAUUUCUGUUAUGUUUAUUUAUUGGAUUUUCUUCUUGCCUCUGGUCAUAAAAGAUUCCUGGGGAUUUUGUUUAUAAAGGAUCUUGACAGACCAAAAGGCAUUGUAACUGACUUAAGUAUACUUCCAGGGUGCAGUGAGGCAAUCUUUAAGGAAACUUCUUCCACUUCACUUUUCUCUCCUUGUGAUCACAUCAUGUACUGAAGUGAUCUCAAUGUGCAGAGCAUAUAUACUGUACUUUAUGAAUUCCAGACCCAAAGAAGUCGGAUUAUGAAGGUUGUUGGUAGCCACAGAGCUAACUGUAACAAGAAUAAAGGGUUUAUUUUAUUUUUAUUGGUUUAUUUUUUGUGACAUGCGUAAGUGUUCUAUCAGGUGUUUCCUUCAAGAUGGUCUUGCAGUACCACUUUCAAAGGUUUUUUCCUAGUGUGUCACUGAAAGUUAUAUCAAAACUUUAUCAGUUCAAGUUUCUUGAUUUUCAUAAUACUUUUUUUCUGAUGCAAUUUUAUAUUUUCAAACAUGGCGAGUUAAAUAUAAAUUCAUUUAAAUAUAUAGUUUUGUACUUUUCUACCAUGUAAAUGUGCAAUGUAUAUAAAAGUUAUAAUGCAUAUUUGUACAUAAAUGAUGAGUGAAAAAAUAAAAAAAUGGAAUUUUCCCUA